AUGGCAACAACACAAUCAAAUCAAAUGAAUGUGAUUCAUGCCAUCAGAGAAUACAUCAACAAGAUGUUGGAAAAGAUUGAUGGUAUGAAAGUAUUGGUAUUAGAUCAAGAGACUGCUGGUAUAGUUAGUAUGGUAUAUACACAAUCAGAGAUUCUUCAAAAAGAAGUAUUCUUGUUUGAAAAGAUAGAUAGUGGAUCUGCAGAAAAGAUGACACAUAUGAAAGCUGUUUACUUUGUUAGACCAACACAACAUAAUGUCUCUAAAAUUGCAGAUGAAUUAAGAAACCCAAAAUACUCUGAUUAUCAUCUAUUCUUUUCAAAUGUUAUAGGUAGUGGAUUUAUUGAUGAAAUUGCAAAGGCAGAUGACAAGGAUCUAGUAAAAGAAGUACAAGAAUUCUAUGCUGAUUUUUAUGCAGUUAAUCAAGACAGUUUUAAUUUGAAUAUCAAUGGUGCUUUGACCAAGAAUACAUUGGCAUGGAAAUCUGAUAUUAAUCGUAUUGUUGAAGGUGUAUUUUCAAGUUUAUUGGCACUAAAGAGAAAACCAACCAUUCGAUACUCUGAAAAGUCUGAAGCAUCUAAAUUUUUGGCUGCUACUCUAAAUGAUAAAAUUUUAAAAGAAAGAGAUUUAUUUACAUUUAAACAACAAUCAUCAUUGUUGUUGAUUUUGGAUAGAAAGGAUGACCCAGUAACACCUUUGCUUCAUCAAUGGACCUAUCAAGCAAUGGUUCAUGAAUUGUUGGGAAUUCAUAAUAAUGUCGUCAAUCUCACAGGUUCCAAAUUUGAUCCAACCAAAAAAGAUCACACUCCAACUGCUCCAGGCCAAAAAAAGGAGAGCAAAGAUGUCAUUUUAUCAACAGAACAAGAUGCAUUCUUUAAAGAUAACCUUUACCUAAACUAUGGUGAUCUUGGUGCUAGCAUUAAAAACCUUGUUGAUACAUACCAAGAAAAAAUGCAUACAAAUGCAAAUAUUCAAACUAUUGAUGAUAUGAAAAAGUUUAUUGAAAAUUAUCCAAAUUUCCAAAAGUUUAGUACAACUGUUUCAAAACAUGUUAGUUUAAUGGAGGAAUUGAGCAAGAGAAUUAGUGAAGACUUUUUGAUGGAUAUUUCAGAGAUUCAACAAGAAUUGGCAUGCAAUCACGAACACAACACCGCCUAUUCGACAAUGGUUGAAGUAUUGGAGAAUCGUAAAUACAACUUGCAAGAUAAAUUGGUAUUGGUACUAUUAUACAGUCUUCGUUAUGAGGAUGGUAGAAUUUGGGAGUUAAAGGAAUUGUUGGCCAAGUCUGGUCUUUCCAAUGAUGAGAUCUCACUCAUCUCUACUUUGCAUGAUUAUGCAGGUGCCAACAAGCGCGAAGGUGAUCUCUUUGAAAAUAAGAAUCUCUUUAGAUUCGUCAAACAAAUGGCCACUCGUGGUCUAAAUGGUGUCUCUAAUAUUUAUACUCAACACAAACCUUUAAUUCACGACAUUUUGCAUCACAUUCAAAAUGAUAAAUUAUCAAUUCAAUCUUAUCCAUUUAUUUCUCCUCAAACUACCAGAGAAAAACCAACAGAUAUUAUUAUUUUUGUAGUUGGAGGUAUCACAUUUGAAGAAUGUUACAAUGUAUUUACUUUCAACUCUAUGAACAAGGGAUCUGGUAAAGUAGUUUUAGGUGGCACCAACAUUCUCAAUUGUAAACAAUUCCUAGAUGAUUUACGUGGCCUAAGAGUUUUAGGAAAAUAA